AGGCGGUUUCGUACAAGCAACGAGAGCCAUUAUAGUUAGUUACCAGUGUUACAUUUUCUUUUCAAAAUACGCAACACCCGACCCACCCUUUAAGAAUUCGUCACCGUUCCUGGAAUAAUACUGAGUGCUGCUCCAAUGAAGCUCUUGAUAUAUGACGUACACUGAAUGACGCCCAUUUCAUUCCCUCUGGCAACAAGAGUUGGGGUGCAACAGGGUGCAACCGUGAAUGAAUUUCGAGAGCGGUAUUGCUUCCCGAAGUUUGCACAUUGCAGCCGCUCGCGCGUCGCUAGUUGUUCCCUGUACACGUUGGCAGAAAUUACAUUUGGAAACAGAUAUUUUAUUUCAAUAAAUAAUGAGACGGUCGUUAGGAGACAAGGAACGCCUGAGACAAAUUUGAUUGAAUUGAAUGAAAAGGAGCGAUGGUGUCCCUCACAGCCCGUUUGGAGAUGGGGAAAUCUAAAUUAUUGCCAGGACUUCUGCUGUUCUGGUUAAUUAUAGGAUCUCAAGGAUUGCAAGACGGUGAGACGUUGACUGCUGAAAAAUCUCUUACACCACCACAAGAUGAAUCUGAGCAGACAGGACCAAGAGACAGUGUAAACAUUGUGGAUCAGCUGCAAUCAGGCAGCCUGAGUCAAAGGACAGCAGAGAAAUUACCUGGUGGGAAUCUGAAUUCCAUGAGUGAUGCAGGACGUCUAGAUGGAGACGACUUGGAGGGAGAAGGAGAGGCCGGAUUAUCAUUAACCUCCUACGGUCCAGUUUCCUCACCUUUCUACUUCAUGUGUCACUAUCCAAGACCCGGUGAGCCAACAGGAAUCGGGAGAGCUGAAGUGACCAUAAAAGUUGAACUGUCAGGAGCAGAGACCAAUCCCCCUCUUUACGAACCCCAUGCUGUAUAUCAAGUUCUGGUGACCUCCAGUGUGCCUCUGGACGGGUUCAUGCUGACGGGGAUCCACGCCCUCACCAAGACGCUUUCCGAGAGCAGCCAUAUCAACAUGCCUGCUUCUCUGCAUGGAGGAGCAACUAAAGGUCUGCUCUGCACAAUCCUGCAUUCGCACAUUUCUCACAAACCUAGACGCAGUCUGUCGUUCCUGUGGAUGGCGCCUCCGUCGGGAAGUGGAUGUGUCAAUUUUUUGGCUCAAGGAACUUUGGGGGAACAGUUGCUCUUCAAAGAUCUUCCAAUAUUAGAAGUCUGUGAAAAAGAGAGUUCCGUCGCUGAGUUCCGACUGAAAGAGUCUCUGCUCACGGGAACCGACCUUCCUGGCUUCGUCUUCAGAGAUGAUUUCGAGAGUCAGAGGCUGGAAUCGUCUAUAUGGGAUGGCAUAGUAGGUGGCUCUGUGGGAAAUCAUCAAAGAUUCUUUACCGGAUCAGCAGCCACUUUUGAUGACCAUCACUCAGAAAUGACUUCUCGUCCCAUGGAUUUCAGCAGAGCUAAGCACCUUCAUUUCACUUUGGGUAGCAAUUGCUCACCUGCUGGUGAAAUUGAGCUUUCUUUUGGCUCCAUGAGAGAACUGAAGGCUAUUAGAACAACAGAGGAUGCCAGUGAUCAAGAUGUGGUAGGACUCAUGAAAGAAGGAAGUGACGAUCCAGUAUCCUCAAGAACUCAUGAGGGAAGUGACGUAUCCGGAAAUGAUACGCGAGAUCAAAUUUUGACACGCACAAGUGACGGGCUGGAUGAUUCACACAUGGAUGAUUCUGGGUGCAUCUUCUGGGAAAAGGUUCAUUCUUACAGACUCGACAAUUCCCAUGAAAUACACAUGAGGACCAUCCCGCCAAGAUUCAAGCAACCAGGGGUUUGCUUGAGAUGGAGUAUGACGAGCAGUGAUGAUUCAAAUGGAACAUGUUGGGGGAUUGACAACGUUGCUGUUACUACAGCUGACGUAACUUCUGAGCCCAUUUAUGAUGACUUUGAUCCCGUUGACCCAUCUAAUUGGUUUUUUAUCCAUGGAAAUAAGAUUCAGGAAUCCUGCGGCUCCGAAGGCAACAGUAUGGUUUUCCUUGGAGGUAAAAUUUCUACUCGGUCAAUGGACCUGAAAACGUUACCGUCAGAUGACGACAUCAUUCUCGAGCAUUAUUUCCUUCACGAAAGUCCUCCUGGAUGGCAACUUCAAGGUGGAUCUGUUGAAAGAUGCGGGGAUCUUCGGAGGCUGGUCUUUUCCGGGGAGGGUGUAAGGAGAGUCUGCACACCUUCCUUCGAUGCAAAGAAUGCAGGCGUUAUUGGAUUAACAAUGCAGAUUGGGGAAUGCUCUGCGGCCUUCAGCGGUAAUGAGAUCAGGGUGUCCAUCUACGCAGAGAAAGGGUCCAGAAAGGUUCCACUAAGGGAAUAUGCCCUUACGUAUUCCAGUGCUAUCUUCACGAUACCAAUAGAAGACUCCCAUAACUUGGUGGAGGAUACAAGGAUCUGCGUGGAGCAGACUGUCUUCGGGAAGAAGGACACCGAUGUUUGGGUAUUAGACCAUAUUCGCCUUCUGCCGUGGUUGCCAACAAACCCUAGGCAUUACCUGCAGGCCCGGGUAAAUUUAGAGUGUGGAAAAGGAGCAAGUGAGGUGGAGGUAGAAACCAGUUCUGAUGAUGCCUUAACAUGGGUCCCAUUACAUCGUCGGUGUCUGCCAGCUUGGUGUGAUAGACAACAUUCGGCCUUUUCUUCUUCCCUGAGAACUCAGGAAUUCGACAGAUGGGAACUGGUGACCUUUCCCUUACCAUACUUUUCCCUGACUCCUCACACUCGGUUCCGUUUUCGGAACGUUAAUGGGAAUACAUCAAACUCUGACGUCACAGAAAAUUCUUGGGCCAUCGAUAAUGUUUUCAUAGGGGCAUGCAACACUGGAUGCAGCAAACAUGGCCUAUGUCAACCUGAUGGAACGUGCAAGUGUGAGUACGGGUAUUCUGGUGCGGCUUGUGAACAUCCAGAUCACGAAAAUCCUUUCUACAUGUCGGAGCCUUUCAGCGACUCCAUCGCCUCGAGUGCCAAUAUUUUAAAGGUUACUGGUGGAAGAUCUAGUAUGCGGUGUGGCGUCGUUGGAGCAGGAAAUGCAGCUGUUUUCCUAGGUGGAGGCCCCAGAUCCAUUACUACAGUAGAUCUGAAUACCACGCAAGCACAUUUCCUACAGUUUCACUUCCUAGCAGGCACCAUUAGUGAGGUGGGGAAGUGCCCUGGCCCUGACCACGUAAGUGAAAGUGUGUAUGUACAUUAUUCUUGCAAUGGUGGCAUGAGCUGGAAUCUGUUACAUACACUGUCUGCAGCAAAACACAAGGAAUCCAGCCAUAUCUCACUUGACCUGCCUCCAGCAUCAAGGGCCCCAGCUGUCGAUCCAGAUCUGGCAGGACCCCAGCAUCAGGGUAUGGCAAAGACAUGUGGGCCAUUGAUUGACCUCACAGUCACAUCUCAGAUUUUUUUCAACAAUAUCCAGCUCGACUUUUCAGACAGUGAAGCUGUCAACAAUUCUUUGAGGUUCCAUCUAGGCGAGCUAGGAGGCGGGGUUUGUGGCCGUGAUUCUUCAAUAGUCUUCGACAACAUGAUUAGUUCUGGAGCCUCAAGGUUUAUUGAAACUAAAUCUGUCGGCGUUGGACCUUCUUAUAUGAUGCAGUUUGACCUCGUCAUCGGUUGUGGCGGGGCGAUGGAUCAAGACAUUUCUAACAAAAUAGUGCUGGAAUAUUCCCUUAAUCACGGAAUGACCUGGUUUUUAGUUCAUCGCCCUUGUUCGCCGUCAAUUCCCGGGUGUGGAACACACUUCAGUCGAGGAACAGUUUACGAGCAUUCCGAAUUCAAGGACUGGAAUCGUGUGACCCUCCGGUUGCCAAGGCAUACUUGGUCGCCUACAACAAGACUUCGACUCCGCCAGACAGAGGAUAGUGAAGUGAGUGAGUCCUGGGCAGUCGACAACCUAUACAUUGGACGACAGUGCCCAGGACUUUGUUCAGGACAUGGACAUUGUACACUUCAAGGUUGUAGCUGUGACGACGACUUUCAUGGCCGCGAGUGCCUUCCACUUCACAAACUUCGGCACCAAAUUGAAACGUCCUUCGACGAAGAGAGUGAUCUUGCGGCCUACAACAUCCAGGUCAUAGGCGGAACCAUUGUGGAGGGAGAAGACGGAUGUGGCCAGGUCUUAUCGAAGAAGAACUUGUACUUCGGAGCUCCUGGCAUUAGGCAGUUUGAAACUGACGACCUAAAUGCUGAGGACCUGGGGAUCAUUCAGUUCAUGCUGAUCAUUGGAAGCGGAAGGAAGAGCAGCUGCAUUCCUGCUGAUGAAGAGGAGAAGCUGAAUGCAGGAAGCGUCGUCGUUGAAUACUCCAACGACGGAGGCAUCAGUUGGGAAUUCUUCCUAGAACUUCUCCCGUCACAGUACAGGAGUCCAAGGUUAUUUCACAGUAAACUGGAGAAGAGGCACGUCGAGGCAGGCGUUGUCAGAUUCAGGAUCUGGCAACCAAUUCAUGAUGGCCAAAACCAGUGGGCCAUCGACAAUCUUAGGAUUGCACCAGACUUUCAGCUGAAUUCUAUGCAGGCUGAUUUUGCAGAGGGAUCAAAUAUAAUUUCCCCUUGGAUGAGCAUCACCAGCAAUCGCUAUGGCCGUUACUGCAACAGUGAGGACAUUGCACAAGUCAUAGAUGGCGAGGAACCUCUCCGUCUUGCAAUGACAGGUCCUCUCAAUUUGAACAUCAAUGAUAUUAUAUCUUUUCAGAUCAGCGUUGGUUGCAAGGAUGAAUUUAGCAGUGAAGAGUAUCCAGUUAUGCUUCAGUUUUCCAAAGACGGUGGGAUAAGCUGGCAUCUGGUUGAUGAAGGCUGCUCUAGCAGUGCCCUUCACUGCAAUGGACCCAGAGAACCCAGCAUUUAUCGAGCUGGUCAUCACGGCCCUUGGAGUCGCAUCCUUUUACCUGUCGAUCACAGAUUAGCACCAGGGACCGUUCAGCUUCGAUGGUUUCAGAAUAAUCCUGGUGAGACUAAAGAUGGAGAAUUCGCCUUGCGCAACCUCUACAUCGGCCCUCCCUGUAUAAGAAACUGCCAUGGUCAUGGAAUGUGUACUGCAGCAGGCCACUGCAAAUGUGACACAGGCUAUAAUGGUACUUACUGUGGCAGGUCCAAAACCAGUAAACCAAGGUGGAUGUAUGACGAUUUCGAAGAUUCGACUGAGGUUUCCUCUAUGUGGGAAAACACAGAGGGGGCUAAAGUAGCUGUAGGCUGUGGGUCUCAGCCCACAGGAAACUCUCUGCUAUUCUCAUCAUCAGGACCGAGGUUUGCCACUACCAAGGAACUUGACACCCGCAGUAUCAAGUACCUUACGUUCAGUCUCCAGAUUGGGUCACCAGUGAGCAGUGGAAGGUGCCAACAAGGAAUCGUUCCGAGAGACAAUGUCAUCCUUCAACAUUCGCCUGACAAUGGACAACUCUGGCACACCCUGCAGCUCUUUGAACCAUUCCAGACAACAAACAGGCACGAGGCAUUUUUCAUACCUCUUCCAGACAGCGCCCGUACCCGCCAAACUCGCUUUCGUUGGUGGCAGGAUUAUAAUGAUAUGAUGAAAGAUGACAACUCAUUCCAAGAGGAGCGAGCUGAAUGGCACCUGGAUAAUGUAAUGGUUUUAGCCAAUGAAACUCUUCCGACUUUCUUAUUUGAUACUUUUGACGGCAAUGCUUCCAGAGCCCUUCCGUGGUUUUUGACCGCCGGGUCUCAUAUCGACCAGGACUGUGGCUCAAAGGAUGCUGUGAUGCUCUUCCCCUCACACACAGGCCCCAAAUAUGCAGAAACGUGGGACUUUGAAGCCUCUGAAUCGAGUGUUAUUCAGUUUGACUUCCAAAUUGGAUGCCAUCAGAGCAGUUCAGACGGUGAGGUGUCACUCCAGUAUUCAUUAGAUCAUGGCAAAAAAUGGCAAUUGGUAAAGGAAUUGUGUGCACCACCUCAGUUGGAAUGUGACACUUUUCACUUACCUACUACGUACACCAUUUCAAACACACCCUCUUGGACCCGACAUACCGUAACAUUGCCCAAAAAGACAAUUGGAGAAAGCACUAGGCUGCGUCUGAUUAGUAAAGGCCAUGGAACCAAUAUGGGGAAAACUGCUAGCUGGGCUAUUGAUAAUUUCUAUGCUGGGAACUCUUGCCCCUGGAUGUGCUCCGGCCAUGGUUAUUGUCUCAAUGGGGAAUGUCGGUGUGACGAGGGCUUUUUCGGACCUUUCUGCGUACCAGCGAGUGUCUUGCCUUGCGAGCUGAUGGACACCUUCAUCGAUCCACAACUCAGUACUCUCAAGUGGCUUGAAGCCUACGGUUCAGAAGUCUCGCAGAGGUGUGGAAUUCUUGUGUCCAAAUCUGCUCUGGUCUUUUUCAAGGGCGGUCUCCGAUUGGCAACUACGGUUGAUCUCGACAUGACUUCUGACAGUUUCAUCCAGUUCAACCUUCAAAUGGGUUGCAAAAACCAGCAAUCCAUAGAGCAAACAUUCCGCCGAAACUCGAAUGGAGAGCGAUUUCAUUCCCACCCAGAAAUUCACUACCAGGAGACGUCCAGACCAAUAUCGAUAUCAAUCAACUUGGGUGAUUUUCCCGAUGUACAACAAAAUGCUACAAGAUUUCGUUUGUGGCAACCAAGGCAUGAGGGUGUGAUGAUGCAAGCAUGGGCCAUAGAUAACAUCUUCAUUGGAGGGAUGCCAGUCACACCAAAUGUCUUGUAUGAAGACUUCAACAAAGGUUCUCCAAUGGAAGACGUUUGGACUGACUGGCCGGCAGGGGAAGUAGGAGUGCUCUGCGACAAGUCUGACUCAAAUUCUGGUCUCAUUUUUGAGGGAACGGAGGAGGGAGAACAUGCCGCCUAUACCAGAGAUAUUGCCGUAAAUGAGAAUUCAAUUGUGCAAUUUGAUAUAAGAGUGGGAUGUGGUGACGUCACCGCCAGGGACCAUAACGUGAGCCUCCAGUACAGCUCUGACUUUGGACAAUCAUGGACCACAGUCCGCCCAACAACUGAUCUCCCUUCUUCCAGUCCUGACUGUCUCCACGAUCUCCAAACACCGACUGUCUAUUACCCGAACAGUGCGACAAAAUGGCGCCGCCACGUUAUACCCUUACAAGGACUUCCGAUUUGUGGGCCGGUGCGAUUCCGCUGGAUUCAAGGCCACUACCAGGGUAAAGAAAAAGCUGUGCCAUGGGGUAUCGACAAUGUCUAUAUCGGACCUUCAUGCCCCCAUCAUUGUAGUGGCCACGGCUACUGUGUCAACGGUGACCGGUGCUUCUGUGACGAUCGUUUUGAAGGGCAGGUGGACUGUGCUCUCAGUGAACAACUGCCACAGACUCUUCAUGAGGGAUUUGAGGGAAAUUCACUCAGUGACCAGUUUGAAGUCUGGUCAGGCGCUGAAAUAUCCAGAUUCUGUGGAGUUUUGACUGAUGACGCUUUGGUAUUCAACCAGCAAGGAGAAAGAAUGCUCAUGACCACCAAUCUAGAUCUAUCACAAGGAAGCUUUGUUCAGUUUUACAUCCGUUUUGGCUGCCUUCCGGAUGACAUGGCCACUGAAGAUGGACCGGUGUUGCUGCAAUUUUCUACAGACGGUGGGAUUUCUUGGACUUUAUUGGCUGAGUUGGGGCGGAAUCCUAGACAGCAGCUUCAAGGCAUUCCCCACACGAAGUACAUCACCCUCGCUCUGCCUGACUCUUCAAGGUCAAACACCACUCGACUUAGAUGGUGGCAAACUUCUAAAGAUGGUUCUUUCUCAUCUCAAUGGGCUAUAGACCAAAUCCACAUUGGCAACACAGUUCAAGGGCUUCCAGCUUUCACUGACAUUGAUACUGGAUCAAGUUGGUUGCUACGUCCUGGCUCACAAAUGGAGCCCAUAUGUGGGACUUCGCAUAGCUCUGUACAUUUCACAGGACGGGAAGGUUAUCGUUUUGCUGAAACUCCAGACAUACUGAUUAACAGACAUAGCUUCAUCCAAUUCACAGCAGCUCUAGGAUGCAAGGAGAGCUUAGCCUGCUUUGAGGUCAAGUUAGAAUACUCUACCGAUCAAGGCUCAACUUGGUGGCCUCUUAAGGAAAGCUGUCUGCCUUCAGAUCCUGACUGCACAGAAUACUGGCCGUCCUCCAUUCUCACUUCGGAUCUUCAUACCAGGCCAUCACAGAUUACCAUGCCCCUCAACCCUAAGACAAGAGACACCAUGGCAAGAAUUAGGUUCAACCAGCAAGACUACCGGCAACAACACACCUGGUCGCUUUCUCAUGUUUAUAUCGGCGAUGAAUGUUAUGGAAUGUGUUCUGGAAGAGGUUUCUGUGAUGCUGGUAUCUGCCAUUGUCAGCAAGGGUGGACAGAUGACAGUUGCAGCACCCCAGAGAGGGCUUUGCCAACCUUCUUGGUGUCAGAAAACGAUGCGGAAGUGGAUCCAUCUCCAUGGCAAAAAGUAGUUGGUGCUCAAAUUACAGGACAAUGUGGUGUCAUCGCAUCUGGCGAAGCCUUGCAUUUCACCGGGGGAUGUAGCAGAUACCUUGAGACCGUAGACUUAGACCUUCGAGAGACCAUGUUCAUCCAGUUUGACAUUCGGACGGGAUGUUUGGAUCCCGUCAGUGGUCGGGAUGCGGGUGGAGAUCACAGCAUCCUCAUUCAGACGUCCUGUGACGCAGGCAUAUCAUGGACUACACUCAAAAAGCUUUUGCUAAUUUAUCAGCAGCCAGUUUACGUGUGGCUCCGACUGCCUGACGAGGCUCACUGCCUUGGUGGUCGUGUCCGAUGGUGGCAGCCUGGUGGUGGCGAAAGUAACAGGUACGACUGGGCCAUAGACAGUAUCAUUAUUGGAGGAAACGUCACGCCUCCUGAUAGCAUCAGUUACACCAAGACUCACCAGCUUCAGCCUCCCCUUUGGCUCAGGAAAUAUAAUGCCAAAAUAGGUAACUACUGUGAAAAUAAAUUUGCUAUGCACGUGAUGAUGUCUACAGCCUCAGAGCCAGCGCUCAUCGAAACAACAGACCUUCAGAUUGAGAAGAAUCAUUCUAUCAACUUCCUGCUGGCACUGGGCUGUGGAGCAACGUGGGACAGCACCGCUGAACCAGUGAGGUUAGAAUACUCAUUGGAUUUUGGCAAUCACUGGAAACUUGUCCGUGAAAUGUGUUUGCCAGGAAGUAACCGCUGUUCUGAGCUCACUGAUGAGUCCAUAUUCUAUGCGCCUGUCAACUGGAAUAGAUAUGUAUUUCCUUUAGAUCACAUUGGGCCAGCAAAGUAUGUCAGAUUCCGGUGGAUUCAGAAACCCACAGCUGACAUUUCUGGGAGUCACCAGUGGUCCUUGAGGGACGUUUUCAUAGGAGUUUCCUGUCCUCAACACUGCCUAGGUCGAGGUUCGUGUCUGCAGGGAAUCUGUCAUUGUGAAGCAGGAUAUGCUGGUACUUACUGCCAGCACAUACUUAAAGAAAAUGUGCCUUUCAUCCGUGACGAAUUCACACAGAAUGUGUUCUUGCCCCACUUCUCGCAAGUACAAGGAGGUUUACUAUCAGGUGGCUGUGGCCUGCUUGAAGAACCUCCUACAGCAACUUUCCAAGGGCCGCGCAUCAGAAUGCUACAAACCAUACCUGUCGACUCCCGAAGCAUCAAGUUUGUGCAUUUCAUCGCUCAGAUUGGAAGUCCUCAUGGAAUCAAGAUCUGCAGAAAAGCCUCACACAGACAUCACAACGUCUUCCUACAGUACUCUGUGGAUGGUGGAAUUCGAUGGCAGCUUCUAAGAGAGUUAGACUAUCGGCUUUACACCACUCCAAAUGAAGAAUAUAUCUUAAUACCACCUGAGGCAAGAUCACCUGCGACAUCGUUUAGGUUUUGGCAGCCACAACUUGGAACGCCUUCUCCUGCUUGGUCACUGGAUAAUGUUUACAUUGGUGGAUCAGAAAUCAGUCCUGCGAGACUAAUGGACAAAUUCGAAGAAGAACCCACAAUCUCGGAAUGGCUCUUUGCCCCUCAUGGAGUGAAUCAACAAGAAUUUUGCUCUGCCGGGACGAAUGGGUCACUUGUUUGGAAUGCCGACUCUCCAGGUCACAGAGCAAUCACCAGCCAGGAAGUUAUUAUUAAUGAAGGACACGUUUUGCAGUUCAAGCUUGCUAUAGGCUGUGGAGAACCAGACAGUAAGUGUGGAGACGAAAACUCUGGAAUCCGCCUGGAAUACAGCCUUGACGGUGGAGUUACAGGAUGGGAUUUGGUCAUGGAUUCUUGUCUGCCUGGAACCUCUCCUGACCCCGACUGCAUGCCUUAUACCUUCCAUUACCAGUCUGUUUUUAACACUGAUGUAUAUUCACAGUGGACAAGAAUAACAAUUCCUCUACCUGAAAAAACUUGGUCUAGUUCCACACAACUUCGAUGGGUGCAGGAUGUGCCUGGAAGGGGGUCGCAGGUGACACCAUGGUCUCUUGAUGAUGUCUAUAUUGGUGAAGCCUGUCCUGAACACUGCCAUGGCCACGGAGAUUGUGUAAAUGGAAGAUGCAUCUGUGAUACAGGCUUUACUGGAGAUUUCUGUGAGCCUGUGCCAUCCCGCACAUCUCCACUCCCAACAAGCCUCAUUGAUGGCUUUGAAGCCGGAAGCAAAGUGAACUGGUUAAGAGUAACUGGUGGUGGGAUUGGUCUAGGCUGCAAUUCUCUCUCUCCAUAUGGCCAUGGCAAGCAUCUGUACUUCUCUGCUUGUGGCACACGUCAGGCAAUCACAAAAGAAUUGGACACACGUAGAGCAAGCAAGAUCAUGUUUGUGCUGAGGAUUGGUAGUCAAGACAAAACACCAUCUUGCCAUGUUGACCUUAGUAACCCCCAGCGAGCUUUAGAUAAAGGGAUCAUCCUACAGUACACAAUUAAUAAUGGUGUCACGUGGACUACCAUAAACGUUCAUGAUCCUGUAGAUUUUGGAAAGGCUCGUCGAGUGGCUUAUAGUCUACCUUAUGAAGCUCGACGUUAUGGACUUCAGCUGAGAUGGUGGCAGCCUUACCAUGAUGGUGCUAACAGAGAUCAGUGGGCACUGGAUAAUGUGGAAGUUGUUUUAGCGCAGAGGAAGGACACGAACAAGUAUGAGGCACAAGUAUUUCAUGACUCAGAACUCUAAGGUCUCCAUCCAAAUUCUGACCAAAGGAAAAUAGGAUACAACGUAAUAAAUGGAUUUUCAUAAUAAUGCAAUAUACAUCUCAGUUACAAAUAAAUAAAAACAUCGUAGUUCCCUUUACAUAUAAGAAAUUACUUUCUAAUUUGCCUUCGUUGACUAUAUUUUACAUUCUUUUUGAAAAUAUACGUCACUAACAUUUCUCCGUGUAAAUUUGCUGUAUCUUAUGAUUAUGUAUAUAUAAUCAUG